AUGUGCUAUAGGCUAUUAUUAAUAGCGGCACUCAUCGCCCUGAGUAACAGCGAAAUAGUAAUUGGUCAGGAGGAGCUCGUCGAUGAGAUAUCUGGCCACUACACAAUCGAGGGCAAAGUGUAUGCUCCAGACGAAGGCCCCGGACUUGGUCAGCAGGGUCAUGCGGUUGCUUUACCCAGCGGCAAUAAAUGGCAGGUGGACCUAUCCGUAAGCAUUAACAACGGCGAAUACAAGGGAUUCGUGCGAGAAGAUGGACAAUUCAUAAUCAGCGGAGUGCCCUCCGGUAGUUAUGUGCUGGACAUUUAUCAUCCGGACAUAUUCUACGAGCCAGUACGCGUUGAAAUUAAUCCCAAGGGCAAGUUCCGUGCGCGCAAAGUGAACUACAUGCAGCCGGCGCAGGUUGUCCAAGUGCCCUACCCACUCAGAAUGAAGCCGCUUAUGCGAUUCAAGUAUUUCCAGACUCGCGAGCAAUGGAAGAUUACGGACUUCCUCUUCAGCCCUAUGGUACUAAUGAUGGCUCUGCCUUUGUUGCUUAUGCUGGUGCUGCCAAAGAUGAUCAACGACCCAGAGACGAAGAAGGAAAUUGAAAAUAUGCAAUUCCCGAAGAUGACAAACGACAUGCCAGAGAUAAGUGAAAUGCUCACAUCCUUCCUAGCGGGUAAACAGCCCGAGCCCAAGGAAAAGAAGCCAAUCGCAGCAAGCAAACAAACUAAAAAACGCAAUUAGUAAUUGUGCCGUAAAUUAAUUUGAAUAAGCCUUAAGCAAAUAGAGAACACAUUCUCAACACAGUCAAAUGUCAGAGUAAAUAAAGUAAAGUUUU